AAGCUAUGCUGAGGUAAAAGUGCAGCAUUUGCAAGUGCUGCCAGCGCAAACGAAUGGUUAUAUAUAACCUCCGUUAAAACAGUAUAGGUCGCAUAUAGGCAUGAUGGAAGUACUAAUAGGGUUAAACGUGAGCACAUUAGCGACUUUUCUAGUUGUGUUUUACGCGGUUUAUUACUGGUACAAACGGCCGGGAAGUUAUCCGCCUGGCCCCAGAGGUUACCCCCUUGUGGGUGUGUUACCCCGACUUGGCAAAUACCCAGAACGUGUAAUGCGAAAAUGGAGCAGGAAAUAUGGACCCGUGAUGUCUGUCCGUAUGGGCCGAAACGAUUGGGUUUCUCUCAACGAUUACUCUUCAAUAAAAGAGGCACUUGUGAAACAAGGUAACGUAACUUCUGCAAGGCCAGAUUUUCCAGCUCACCAAGAAGUUGCACACUACCAUGGGAUUUUAUUCAGUAGUGGCGAUUUAUGGCAAAAUCAGAGAAGAUUUGGCAUCACAACUCUUCGAGAGUAA